AUGGAGCCACUCUCCGCCGAAGAGCAAAGCAGCCCAGCUCAGACAGAGCCACGGAGCUUAACAAAGGAGCAGCGCGUUAUAAAUUGCUUCGAAACAUUUCCCGGUGAGCUCAGAGCCAGGACACUGGAAGAUCUGAAAAAUGAGAUUGAGAAGAGGCAGGCAAAAAAUGCCACCAAACGGCCAGAGGAGAUUUCCCAGCUGGACACCCUGACACAAGGGCAAGAAGAGAAGAAUCAGCAAUUGGAUGUGAAAAGCACCAUCAGCAGGUGUGGGAAAGUGACUUUCCAGCUGCCAGUGGACGUGUCUCCAGAGUCAGAAGAGAGAGUCUGUCACUUCUCAUGGAGGAACAGUGCUCUGAAGGAAACUCUGAAGAAGCUGCAAGCCACUGUGACCCUGGACCCUGACACGGCUCAUCCCGACCUCAUCCUCUCCGAGGAUCUUAAGAGCGUGAGACGCGGGGAAGGACGACGGGACCUGCCCGAUAACCCGGAGCGAUUUGACUACUGGCCCUUCGUGCUGGGCUGCCAGGGUUUCGUGGCCGGCCGGCAUUGCUGGGAGGUGGAGGUGGGGGACGGGGGAGAUUGGGCCGUGGGGGUGGCCCGUGAGUCCAUCUGUCGGAAGGGGCAUCUCAGCCUCUGCCCCCAAGGAGGGAUCUGGGGGGUGGAGAAGUGGGGGGGGCAAAUCCGGGCGCUCACCACCCGCAAGGUGACCCUCCUACCCCUCCGUUGGGUGCCCUGGCGGGUCAGCGUCCAUCUGGACUACACCGGAGGGACGGUGGCUUUUUUCGAUGCGGAUGAAGGAGGGCUCAUGUUCAUUUUUUCACGUGCCUUGUUCACCGGGGAGAGGGUCCGCCCGUGGCUCUGGGUGGUGGGGGCCAGGUCCCAGCUCAGGCUGUGUCCCUGA